CAUCAAGGGAGGACUUCUCUCGCCUGACUGCUUCACCAGACUCCAGGACUCCCCAACACUGUCACCACCAGAUCCCUGCACACCUGCAGCCACAAUUACACCUGCUCGGGUCCACACGAGACGUGGGCACCAAAUGAAAUGGAUAACAGACAGAAUUUCUCAAACAGAAGGUUGAAUUCUGGAGCUAGGAAUAUGUAUGCAGGACAGGACAACCUGGACAACCAGGACAACAAUUUUAACUCGCCGGAUAGACAAAAUACGCAGCCAGAACAAAACGAAAGACAACCUCAGUAUGCGGGCGCCUACACGAUGAUACCUCCCAAUCAGUCUCGCCGGAUCAAGACGCAGACCAUGGCGCAGAAGGAAGAGGAGGAUCUGCAGAGGUGGAGGGAGGAAAAUCGGCCUGGCCCCAUCAGCCUGGCCCCAUCCCAGCUGGGCGGUAGCACGUCAUUGGCUGAAGCUAGGCAGAGGCAGUUUAACCAAUCACGGCAAUGUAAACUCCAAAAAAAGCUGAAGCAGGAAGAUUUGGACCGGAGGAAGAGGGAGGAGGAGGAACAGAAGAACCAGCAGAUGAAGACUGCACAGCGUGAGAAGUCUGACAAACUGAAGGAGAAGAGGGAACAAGAAGAUCUCCAGAGAAGGUACCAGCACCAGCAGGAUCGCCGGGCGAAAAUGGAGCAGUUUCUUCAAAAGCAUGAGAGCUGCAGCUCUGCGCCAGCGGGCCCGAUCGCCUCCCAGCCCACGUCAUCCUGGGAUCGAACACGGGAGUACAGAGAGGCCCAAAGACAGGAGGAGAACAUGGAACUCAUGAGGAAGAAAGACGAGCAGAGGAGGAAGAGUGAUCUCCGAGAGGAUAAAGAGAAACAACUGGAAGAGAUGAAACAGAGGGAAAUUGAAAUGGACCAUAGGCGGGUUAACUCGGCCUUCCUGGACAGUAUUGAGGCCAGGUCCGGCUCUGCUAGGGGGGCUGAGCCCACUCCCGCCCCCCCUGAGGACCGCGGCGUCCAGCCGGCCAAUCAGCCACGAGGCCCUGCCGGGCUGGCCAAUCAGACACGAGGCUCCGCCGGGCCAGCCAAUCAGCCGCGAGGCCCCGCCGGGCCAGCCAAUCAGCCACGAGGCCCCGCCGGGGGCGGGCUGGCCCCGGCCCUGGCCGAUGGCUCUGAGGGCGGCGCCGUUCAGCCGGCCAAUGAGCCGCGAGCCCCAGCAGCGUCACCAGGGGGCGGGGAGGCCCCAGGGCUCGGCGACAGCUCAGAGGACGAUGAUCACGAUCGUGAAUGGGCGGUGAUGAAACUCAUCAAUAACUUCCCCUACUACGAGCGAGACUUCCUGGAGGACAUCUUGGAGCAGUGCGACGGAGACUACCAGCGGGCCUACACCCUGCUCGAGUGAGCGCACUGCAAAAACGGGCGUCUUCACCUGAUAAUUAGACCCAAGAUCUUAUGUUGUUCACUCAAAUAUGACAUAUUAGCUUGUUUUAACAUUUUUAAUUCAUGUUUGCUUGACAAAUGAAAUUUUCUUAUUCACCUGGCAAAUGAUGAGAUAAGGCAAUAUUUUUGUCUUAUUUGGAAAAAAAGUUAAAGAAAUAAGAUCUAAGAAAUCUCGAUAUAAGACUAAAAUACUUAAUAUUGUUUUUUUAAGUAUUUAUCAGAGGUGUAUGAAUACAGAUGAGUUAUUGUUAUACACAGUGGUGGCUGUAGGGUUGGCUUUUGUGCUGACUCACAGACUCUGCUGUUUAGAAUUUUGCUGAGUUUUGGUGAAAUUUAUGAAAGACCAAAAGAUAACAAAUUUUUAUGUAAACCUGGUCCGACCUGAGAUAAGUGUAGGGACCACCCAACCCGCAUCAACCAAAACUAGCGUUAGGACUGGCGAAAACGUGCAUUUUAGAACUAGUAGAACCUACUAGAAUAGUAUGAUCAAUCUCCAGACCAGUUAUGUUAUGAGGAGAUCACAAUUAAACUGCUUACCAAA